AUGAGUACUCAGAAAGGUGUUAGAUUCACCUAAAACUAACCUUUUGGCACUUCAAUGUAAAAACAGUAACCAACAGCCUCAUCCAUGAAAACUUAGCAGACAAAAACUGUAGCUAAAAAUGAUGAUAACGAGUAUGAUGAUGACUUUGAGGAUUUUGGAGAUAAGCCAAGUCCUCAUCUAGCUAACAAAACUAAAUCAACAACAUCUAGAACUGCUAAUAUCAACAAUAGAGUUGGGAAUAACAAUAAUCAACAAACAAACAGUGUGUAAUAAGCAAGUGCAAAGUCUUAAAUAUCUGACGGAAGCAAGCAAAGAAUUAUUGACUUUGAGGAUAUAUAAGCUACUAAUAACACAAACCGAUACAUUAUCUACAAAUUUAUGAAAAAGGGUUUCACAUCUCUGACUGCUGAGGAUUUAGCUUGCACUAUGGUUAACCCUGACUUUACCAUCGACUUUAGAAAGAAUACAAAUGAAGAGUGGGCUACUCAGUAUCAAUACAAAGUCGUAGAGAGAUUAAACAAAUGCAAGUUCAAUUUGUAGUGGGUAACCCGCAAGUAGACAGAUGAUUAAUUCGAGCCAUUUUUCCAAAUGAUUAAAGAUGAUGACUUGAGCAGAGUUGUUGAAUACUUUAGAGUGGCUAAUUGCCAACCUAAUGAGAUAUUGGAUUCAGUUGAAAAGACCAGCAAAAAGAGUCCUCUACAUAUUGCUGCUGCUGAGGGCCAUUAAUCAAUGGUUGAAUACUUAAUCAAUAAAGGAGCUAGAAUUGAUGCUAGAGAUAAAUUGCUCAGGACUCCAUUACAUUUAGCUUGCUAAAGUGGACAUGCUACAGUAGUCAAGGUUUUACUAGAUAAUAAUGCUGAUCCAUAUGAGAAGGAUUAAAGUGGCAGAACAGCGAUGCAUUACGCUACAUGCUCAACCUGUGUGGAGCAGAUUGUGAUAUUAUGUGAGCAUGGUCCUGAUCUCGUUCAUAUGAAGGAUCAUGCAGGCCGUACUGCUCUUCACUAUGUUGUUUUCAAUUCUAUGACAAGACAGGUAGAGAUGGGACUGAAACUUCUAAAUUUUGGAGCAGACGUCAAUGCCCUAGAUAAUGAAAGAAGAACACCUCUGCAUCAUGCUGCUGAAGCAGGUAAGGCAAGAAUGAUUCCAUUACUUGUGUAAAGAGGCGCUUCAACUGGUACUAAGGACACUCUUAAAGGCAAGACACCUUUGGAGCUAGCCUGCUCAGAUCAUAUUAAGGAGUUAAUUAUAGUGCACAGUUCACCAACCUAUGUGCCUAAGUAGCAAGACCUUGCGUAAGGGCUAAGCGUUGAGGGUAACUAAAUGAAAAUAGAACCAGAGGCUUAUGACAUAUUUGGCAUGAAAUCCAAUAGCAACACCAAUAGAUCACCAAAGAAACCCAUUAACAAGCCUGCAAUCAACAAAAAGGUCAGAGUUGAAGAACAGAAGUACGUUGAGGAAGAUUAUUACGAGGGGAGUGUUCAAUAUUUCAAGAAUCCUCUUGGUCCACCUAAGGAAUGGGAGAAAGUCUAGGACAAAUUCCUGCCUUACAACAUGAAGAACUACUAGGAAAGAUUAGUUAUGUUCCUCAAAAGAGUCUAGGAAUUUGGCGUGUAGUCCUAUCAGCAUGUCAAGAAACCCUACCUAUUUACAGGCAGCUGGAUGGAAUAUGUCAGAAACAUGGAUGACCUAAUGCUUCAAAUAAACGGAACUAGACCUAAUGAAGCAGUUAUGAAGGUGUUCAACAUAUUCUUCCCUUAUGACAAGCCACUUCCACAUGGAAGAGGAGAUGAGCUAUCUCUUCAGGAUUUCUAUAAGGGUCUAAGCGGCUAGGUCAAUGAGAACAGAGAUUGUGACCCAGAUGUGCUUAAGAAAAACAUGGAAAACGAAGCUGAUGAUGAAUUGCAGAAGGCACUUAAAAAUAACUAAGUAGAAGAAAUUCAGGAUUUACUUGAUGUCAAGAGGUAACUAAUGGCUCUUGAAUAGAUCAAUAGCAUGCACUAAAUCACAAUUCAGGAGAAGGACGAGAAAAUUAGGCAGCUUCAAGACUAGCUCAGAAACCAAGCUGACUCCCAAGUGAAUAAACAAGUUGAUCUCAGAAACGAAGAGCAAUAUCUGGCUCUUUUAGCUGAGAAUGGUGAUCUGAAAAUUCAAAUAUCAACACUCACAGAAUACCUAAACAUGUCUCAGUCAAAACUUGAGGAGUUCACGAAACUCUUGGAAAGCGAUGAUUAGAGAAAGCGAAAGGAAAUGGAGGACAUGAAGAGCUUGUCAAAACUGCAGGAGCUAGAAAUAAGUAAAAAUGACCUUGAAAGAUAGCUGCUUCAAGAGAGGGAGAGAAACAGAGCACUCAGGUUUAAGGCUGGUUAAAUCUUUCUCACUACUCUGGAGAAAGGUGGCACUAUGCUGAAUGCAGCUAACCCAGCUAAAAACAAGAAGGGGGACGGAGACUAUUACCUUGAAGAUGACGAUGCUCUUAUGAGACUUCUGCAGAGAAUAUAGGUGCUUGGCUACAAUUUAUAACAAAAACUGAUUGAGGCUGGAGAACCAGAUGGUUCUGGAAUGAUAACGCAGACUCAGUUCGUGAAUUUCCUUACCAAGAUUGGUAUGACUCCAAAUGAUAUUCUUUCGAUCCAGAGAAUAGUUGGUUUCUAUGAAGGUGGCCAGCCAGUUCACAAACUAAAAAUUACAGACAUCAUGAUGAGGAUAUACGAGAGAUCAAAGAAACGAGGUUAGAUAGAGCAAGAGACGCUGCAAACUUUAGCCAACGAAUUCAGAUCUAAGGGCUAUGGAAUUCAAGAGGCAUUCUAGCACUUAGACGACAAUAGAAGUGGGACGAUUACAUUCGCAGAACUCCAAGAUGCCUUUAAAGCGAUGAAAAUAGAGGUAAGCAUCUAGAUACAGAGGAAUGUGCUCAAGCUGUUUGACAAGGACGGAGACAACAUGAUUAGUUUGGAGGAAUUCGAGAAACAGAUGUCGAAGUAUCUUGACACUGGCAAAGCAUUUGUGCCACAAGACAUCAAAGACAUCUAGAGCACCAAGAUAUCAGAUUAGAUGAAGAAAGAGUUAGUGGAGGAGAUGAAGCAAGAGGUGAAGCAGAAGGUUAACUACGACGACUACGGAUUCAAGCCCUUUGAAAUCGACGAGUACAAGAAGAAGGAGCAACUUAUAAUUGAAGCACUUAAGAAUGGCAAGUUGCCAGUUGAAAACAUCUCAGGCGAGAUCAAGGUCUAGUUCGAUGAAGGCCUCAACCUCAUAUCUGUGCCUGGCAAAGGGAUACCAAUCAUAGGUUUGAAUCUAGUCAGUUACACUUAAGAUGGCUAAAAAGUAGAACAAUAGUUGUACUCAACACCCUGUGUAAACUUCAGAGCCAAGAACAACUUCCAAGCUGCUGUCACUAUCCCCAUGAUUAACAAAGAUAAGAACAAAAUUUCUGAUUUCAUAACUAUAUCAUGUUUGAUGCAAGAAACAGAGACUGAAGCUACACCUGAUAGAGCAGUCUUCGUUGGAGAAUGCUUCUUGCCUUGGAAAGAAGUUCUUCCAAGAAAUGGUGAAUGGCUUCAAUAGAGAAUAGCCUUGGCUGACCCAUCUGGCAAAUGCCCUUCAAAGGUAUAAGGAAUGAUCAAGAUCUUCGCCAAGUGGAUUCCAGCAGGUUCUGAGAAAUCUAAGUUCAAUGAAGAUGGUUCUAAAAGAGAAGUGGUUGCUCCUGUUUCAGUUCCUAAUAAGAGAGAGCAGCAAGUUGGAGCAAAUGGCACACUUGAGAUCUUCCUCUAUGAUUAUAUCCACCCAGAUCUAAGCAUCAAUAUGCCGAAGGAGAAGUACUAUAUUGAAAUGUCUCUAGGGGGACCACAGAAGACCAAUCGAUCCCUUUAAGUAGAGGUCACUGAUGAUAUAAUCAAGGAGCCCCCAGUGCCUAAGGAACUCCGAUAUCUACUAUUCUCAGAUGUGAAAACCAUAGCAGUAGCAGAUGUGAAUAAAGACAGAAUCCUUACUUUGAAAAUAAUUGCUGUCAGCUCUAAGAAGGUGAUAGCUCAGAGUAUGAUUGAUAUCAGUCAGACAGCCGUACAGAAACCUAACUUAAAAAUAAGAAAGGGGAAUCUGCCAAUGACAAUUGAAGGUAAUGCAGCCACUGGUGUUCUAGAUAUGGCACUUAAAUUCAAGGAUCUAAGUGCUUAGCCAGUUGGUGCUCCUGCCAAUAAACCAGUAGUCAAUCAACAGUCGAUAUUACCAGCACAGAUUUAGUAAUAAUAAACUCAAGUAAAGCAAAAGGUUGAAGAAGUCAAACAAGUAUUACCUCAAUAGAUUAUCUAAAAAUAACCAACUCAAAUUGAAUAGUAGCAGCCAAAGAUUGAAAAAGAGGAGACAUUCCAAGAAAUAAAGAUAGGAGGCACUCAAGCGUUACCUGAAAACGACGAUUAGUUCGAUGAUGAUGAUUUCGAGGAGGAGUGA